UAUCUGUCUCAUUGUUCUAUCGGUGGCCGUACACCACCACCACAGCGCUUCUUAUUUUUUCAAGUAUAUGUGGCAACUGGUGUAAGAUGUUAUUGUUUUAAAAUAUGGAUAGUUAUCAUUUUGUGUAGUUUUGGUGUAUUUUUUUCUGAAGGUCGUUAGCUAUAGAUGUGGACUCGGCACAGAGAUAUGUAUAGUUUGGAGUCUUACUCAAAGAAGGGAAAACGAAACGGCCGACUGUGAUUCACAAAAAGCCCUCCUCUGCCGGGUCAGGUGUCUAAAGUCUUCCAGACAAGAUGGUGAAGAGGAGGCAGAAAGGUCCUAGAGAGGACGAAGUGAUAGACCUGACUGGUCCGUCAUGCAACCAUAUCCGUAAAGGUGUAGACUCCAGCUUCCUGAAGAAGACUGGGGUAGACUCCGCCUGUAACAGCUGCCAAGACUGUAGGGGUGAAGAGCCGGCUGCUGCUGUACAGGCUCCAUCAGAGGAGAUGAGCGAAACACCAACGAUAUGGAUGUGCUUAAAAUGCGGACACCGAGGGUGUGGGCGUACCUCUGAGGAUCAGCAUGCUAUCAAGCACUACGAGAAGCCUCGGUCAGACCCUCACUGUCUGGUGCUCAGCCUGGACAACUGGAGCGUUUGGUGUUACAUCUGUGAUGAUGAUGUCCAGUACUCUAAAACAGGCCAUCUGGCUCAGUUGGUGAACAACAUUAAGAAACAGGCCUUGUCUGAGCCCCGGAAACAAAGUCCACAGAGAAAGCAUUCAAUCGUGAAGCUGGAGGACAGCAUGAUAGAAGAGCCACAGGAAACCAAGCCAGAAGAGAAGGAAGAGAACACAGUGACACAACCGAAAGAAAACCAGAAGAAGAACGGCAAGAAAGAAAAUGGUUUGAAAGAGAGCAGCAGUUUGACUAGAGGACAGAAGGCCGUGGGAGGAGCCAGCAGCGGUGCAGUGGGAGGAGUCAGCAGCUGUGCGUUGUCAGUUAGAGGACUCAGUAACCUUGGAAACACCUGUUUCUUCAACUCUGUUGUUCAGACCCUCUCUCAGACACAGAUGUUGAGACAGGUCAUCAACAAGGUGACAGCUGAAGAGAAGACCAGUGUCACCAUCACACCUGGAGUCUCCUCAGACCUGGAACCCAUCCUGGUGCAGCUAGGUCCUCCGGGGUCUCUGACCGUGGCGAUGUGUCAGAUCCUGAAUGAGAUCCAGGAGACUAAGAAGGGGGUGGUCACCCCGAGAGAACUUUUCAGUCAGGUCUGCAAAAAAGCGGCACGGUUUAAAGGGUUCCAGCAGCAGGAUAGCCAAGAGCUUCUUCGCUACUUGCUGGAUGGGAUGAGAGCCGAGGAGAUGAAAAGACUGAACUCUGGAAUAUCGGAAGCACUGAAAAAACAUGGAAGAGAUGCUGAACAAUCGAAGAAGUUAGUGAAGGAGUAUGAGAAGAAGGGAGCUCCUAAUAACUUCGUAGACCAGGUGUUUGGUGGGGAGAUGACCAGCACGGUCAUGUGUCAGCAAUGCAAGACGGUUUCUUUGGUCAAGGAGAUGUUUCUGGAUCUGUCCCUUCCUGUCUCAGACCAGGCCUACAGGAAGAAGAGCCAGAAGAAAGGAGCGGGGAACCAGAAGGUUAGCACUGAGGUGAAAUAUAAUAACGGAGACAGCCCCAGCCCUGUCUCCAUGACCAACGGUGACACCCACGACCUUCCUACUGGCAGCAAGUACCAGCAGAAGAAACAGAAGAAACAGGCCAAGAAACAGGCCAAGAACCAGAGACGUCAGCAGAAGCUAGUCCCCCUGGACAGCUUCUCACCUCCAGAGAACACCGCAGAGAGCCCAGUACCAGCAGAGGAGGGGGAGGAGACAGGAAAUAGUACCCAGGAGGAGGAGGAGGAGGAGCCUCUGGUUGAGAGCCAAUCAUCAGAGACCGAGAGGUCCGAGACCGCUCCCUCAGAGCAGGACCAAGAGAAACCUCAGGGGGCAGGGCACACGGAGAAAGAGGAGGAGGAUUGUGAACCAGUGGCUGUGUCCAACAACCACUCCACUGUGAUGUCAGAAGAGCAGAGUCACCAGUCCCCUGAGGGGGUUGGAAAAAGAGACGGACACGAGGCUGAACAUAGAGGAGAGGAGGAGGAGGAGAAUGAUGAUGGUGAUGCAGCCCAACCGUCUGGAGAUGAGCAAGACACCAAACUGACAGACAAGCUGGGUGAACUAUCUCUGAACGAAGCCUUCCUAGCCUCUGAGGACUCGGACCUGGAGCUGGGGUGCAGAGAUGGAGACACGUCUGCUGAGAUGGAAUCGGAGACCAAGCUGGAGGGGAAGGAGUACACAGUCUCUCACCAGGAUCCUAAACUGGCCUUUCACACGCUGGCCACCAGGGCGGCGCCAGAGAACCAGGAGUGCUCUGUGGAGUCCUGUCUCUACCAGUUCACAGAGGUAGAGAACCUCACUCAGAACAACUCUCUUCUCUGUGUCACCUGCACCAAGAGACAGACCAAUAACAAGGCUGCAGAAGGUAUGUUUUUGAAAAAUUCUGUCCAUUCUGGUAGACUGCUUCUAUCCAGCCCCCCCCGGACGGCAACAAUAAGGAGGAGAUUCAACCAGAUUGGGUACAGUGUGUGUAAGGUGAACAGCCACGUCAACUUCCCUCCCAUUCUAGACGUAGCACCAUUCUGCUCUGUCAUAUGCAAGGGUGUGUCGGAGGGAGGCUCUCGGGUGCUUUACAGUCUGUAUGGUAUAGUAGAACACAGUGGGACUAUGAGAAGUGGCCAUUAUACAGCCUACGUCAAAGCCAGACCUUUCUACCCCUCCACGACACACAACGGAUUGGACACACAUGGUGAGCCAGUGCCGGUGAAAGGGGCGUGGUUCCACGUGAGUGACAGUAGUGUGCAGCCAGUCACGGAGAGCAAAGUGCAGAGCUCCCAAGCCUACCUCCUAUUCUACGAGAGGAUCUCCUAGACCUGCCUACGUCCCAACUUGUACCCUAUUUACCUACAUACUGUUGGCUGUGUUUACACGGGCAGCCCUGGUUCUGAUCUUUAGACAAGAAUUGGUCUUUUGACCGAUCAGAUCUCAUUCCAAUACUUGGGCAAAAGAUCAGAAUUGGGCUGGCUGUUUUAAACGCAGCCGUAGUGCACUACUUUUGGCCAGAGCCUUAUUAUGCAGCCUUAUGAGACUUUUCCCAGACAAAUUUAGUGCACUAUAAAUGCCCUAUUCCCUACAUAGUGCACUACUUAUGGCCUGAGACAUUGUACUGGUAUUGAUAUGAGCCAAAUGAAGUGCAGAGUGUAGUAUUUUUUUCUUCUUUUUAUAAUCAAUAUAAAGGGGUUGUGUCUUAAAUGGAGCCCUAUUCCCUAUGUAGUGCACUACUUUCGACCAGAACCCUAUUUGUCCUGUUCAAAAGCAGUGCACUAAAAUAGGGAAUAAUACAUUUAAAAAAUGAGGGUGACAUUUGAGACCUUGACAAAGAUAAUUAAUUAAGAUCAUGACUGGAAAUGUCCCACAACGAACAAUAUUUAGCUUGGAAGUUUUUUCUCUUUUUUUUCCCCCGAUGAAUUAAUUGUAUCAUUAAUGGACAUAAAAAGAUUCCCAAGUAUUUUUUUUUACUGUGCAUAUGUGACUAUACAGUGUUUUCCUAAAAAAGAAAGAAAGAAGGGAGCACAGAUCAUUGGGUGCGUCCCAAAUUGCACCGUAUAUAAGGGCACUGCAUUUUGAUCAGAGGUCUAAAUUGGAAAUCAGGUGGCAUUCUAUUCCUCUUAGACAUGAAACCAUAGAAGAGUUUGUUGAUUGAUCUGUCUGAUUGCUUGGUGUGUUACACAGUAGAAGCAAAAUAAACCUGCCAAUACCUUUUUUUAUUUUUAUUAUUAUUAUUGCUGCAAUAUGUGACAUUUUGGACAGACCUGACCAAAUUCACAUAGAAGUGCAGUUAUAGAUCUGUCAUUCUUAUUAAAGCAAGUUUAAGAAUUGA